CUCAGGAGGAAACAGAUCACAGGUCAGAUAAAGAUGUUUCUGUAACCUGAACCCUGUUCUGAUCCACCUGGACCAGUCCCAGGUGUCCCAGGCGUGUCCCAGAUGUCCCAGGUGUCCCAGGUGCGUCCCGGUCUCUUCCUGGGGGGUCUGGACUCGGCUCUGAGUCUCGGCGUGUUGUCCAGCAGGAACGUGUCUCUCAUCGUUAACGCCAGCGGCCUGGACGACGUGUCCUACCCGCCGCGGGACGGCCUGCAGGUCCUCCACGUCCCCGUCCAGGACCAACCUCACGCUCCUCUGGACCAGCACUUCGACCUGGUGGCGGAGCGGAUCCACCAGAACCGGACCGGGACUACCCUGGUCCACUGCAGCGCCGGCAGGAGCCGAUCCCCCGCUCUGGUCAUGGCCUACCUGAUGAGGUUCGAGGGUCUCAGCCUGCGGGGGGCUCAUGAGCAGGUUCUGGAGCGGCGUGCGUUCAUCAGACCCAACGCGGGGUUCUGGAGGCAGCUGAUGGAGUACGAGCGGCGGCUGCGGGGGGGGAACUCUGUGAGGAUGGCCGGGACGUCCGCCGGCGUCCUGCCUGAAGCCUUGGACCACGGCACGGCGGCGUACUGCAUCAACAUCUGACCCACUUCCUGUUUCCUGUCUCACGGGUCAGGUGACAGGAAGUGACGGAGCUUCGUCAGGUUAACGAGUUAAAACACAAACGAGGCGACGUUUAAACUUUUUAAUGAAAACAAACAAAAAUAAAAACUAUUAAAAAAGUCUCAGCUUCAUCCUUCAGCUCUGAGCCAAUCACCUCGCUGCACAUCAAUAACCUAUCAGUACUUUGGUUAAGCAGAGAUUCAGACCUGAG